CGACAGGAAGUGGGCGAGGAUCCUGUAACACGUGAGGAAGCACAGCAGACUCUGGACAGACUGAAGUCACGUGAUUACCUUUGGGAAGAUCAGGACAAGAUGACAGAGGACACAAAGGAUGAGACAAUGUAUUGGAUAGCAUUAGAAAAAAGUUGUGUACCAUUCUAUUACAGUAGUUAUGACACAGUCAGUGUGUACCUGAGAUCACGGGGAUACAACAGAAAACCUGGAGAGAAGUGUGUCAUUAGUGAUGACAGUGACUGUAAUGCCUUACUGAUACUCCGUCUACAGAUGAACAUACUGACUCACGUCACUAUGGAGGACACGAGUAUAGAUGAUGAGAUACACUGGAUAUUGAAUGUUUCAAACCAAAUACUAAUGUGGAGUGAAGAUAAAAGAAAAGAGUUCCUAUCGGAUCUAAGAAGAGAAGGGGAGACUGUACAUUGCAGAGGAAGGUCACAGGACACUGUAGAUCACUUGACAUGGGUCUGGAAAUACACGUUAGACACGAGACCUGACAUCGUGAGAUCCUGUAUAGGUCUACAUCCACACUGGGAUAUUUACAUCAUCGACAACAAAGCUUACAGAAAACCAAGUGAACAACAUAACUAUUCAUCAAAUGUCCGAUGUCUACUGUACUGCUUACUGUUAACUGAGAAAUAUCAGUUAAAUCUCAAUGAACCAUCACACAGGAUCAUAAGGGACGAAAUCAGACAGAGGUAUUUCUCUGAUAUUACUGAUGACGGCUCGGUAGAGCUUCCUGAUGCAAUCACAGGAACACAUGACAAUGUAAUAACGUUUAAAUCAGACGAUAACCGACAUGGCGUCAUGCAUGCCUUUGUUACGGAGUGUCUGGUGAAGGACAGUGAUCUGGAGUUUUUCCUGACCACGGCGUCACGUGACAUGAUAUCAGAAUACUGCCGGUCGUGGGCGUAUAAGAGAAGUGAGGGAGAGAGAUGUCUGUAUGUACCGGAGGAGAUGUCUGAGCUUUUCAUUGACAAACUACAGCUGGACAUCCUAACACACUGUACCAUGUCUGACGUGAGGAUUCAUUACAAGAUCAGUGAAAAGUUGGGAGUCCCUAGAGAAGUACUACUAUGGGACCAGGAGGCCAGAGAGCGGUAUGUGGAGUACGCUAAGAGAGGAACACAGACAGUCCAUCACGCCCGGGGGAUGAUUGUAGGAUGUGCUGGGGCGGGGAAAACUACGCUACUUAAACGUCUGCUUGGUUGUAGUGAAGAAGAGAGUAAGAAAGUAAAAUCUACUGAGGGGCUGGAGGUGCAUGAGGAAAUAUUUGAAUUAUGUGAUGAAACAAAAUCAUUAAAAGCAAAGAAAAUCCAGGAAAACAACGACAAAGUAAAUACUACAAAUGUUGGCGCUAGGACUCUGACUUUCUUUGACUUCGGGGGCCAGUGUGCGUACUACGCCUGUCACCAGAUUUACCUGACCAGGAGAGCUUUCUAUGUUGUGGUGGUGGACGCCUCUAAACGUCUGGACCAGAAGGUGGAUAAGAAAGUGUGUGAUCAAGAUGGAAGCCUUUUCUCUGGAUGGACCUAUGGAGACUACUUUGUGUUCUGGAUAAAGUCUAUACAUACCUACUGUGGUUCCGACAAUGAAAAAGACACAAAACCCAUAGUUCUAAUCGUUGCAACUCAUUGGGAAAAAGGAAUCAGACAGUUUAGGGAUACAAAUGAACUGAUUGAGAGCUUGCACCAGCAAUUUCCAAAGACAUCUAAUUUAUCACAGUACAUCACAGACGAUAACGUGUAUUGUGCAGAUUUUACUUUACCUCUCCGUGACUUAGAAACUUGCUUCUUCAACAUAGCUUCCAAUCAACGAUGGAGAGAAAGCAUUCCAAAAGAAUGGUCCUUCUUUGGAUUAGAAAUAAACCUGAAAAAACACACGGAGCGGAUCUUGAAGAUUUCAGAAAUAACAACGAAAGUACCAGAGAUUACCACUAAAGAACAGGAGGUUUCAGAUAAAGCUGAAAAGAGAACACAAGAUAUGCUGCGGUAUUAUCAUGAUGCCGGAAAAGCCUUAUAUUUUAAUGAAAAUGGUCUGAAGGAAAAGGUAAUCAUUGAUGUUCAAUGGUUUAUUGAUGCCUUCAAACAUAUCAUCACAGACAAGCUUCAUUUCAAAGGCAUUCCUGUAGCACAGGGGGACUGGGAUGAAUAUUACAAAACUGGUUAUUUGCGAGACCAGCUUCUGGUAAAGAUUUGGAAUUAUAAAGAUAAAGAGUUGUAUGAAAAGGUUAAGGAAGAAGACGAAGAUUACAACACUGAAAUUUGGAAAUUUGAAGAUGAAGAAUCGGAUACUGAGGACAAAGACUCGGGUAGUGGAUACGGUUUAUAUGGAGAAAAAAGAUAUCUAAAGUCUCAUAAAUACACACUUCUUCACUUAAUGCAAAGACUUGGUUUGUUAGCUAUCGGUACGGAAUCUCAUUAUGUUCCGUGCAUGAAUCGUAAAGAGAUCGAAGAAGAACUUCCAAAUAUCAUCAAGAAAUCCGAAAGUAAAUCAUCUGUUCUUGUUUAUCGUUUUGAAUUUCUGCCAUUUUUCUUGUUUUACCGUCUUGUUGUUGCUUGUAUACAAGAAGUUGGUUGGAAAGUACUCGAAAAUGAUGGUACAUCUUGCCUUUACAAAAACGCUGGUUUGUUUUCGUAUAAUAAGUAUAAUAUUGUUUUAUCUGUCACUAAAGAUUCGAUCCAACUUCAAGUAUUUCAUCCGAUGGCAGGAUAUGUUUUGGAAAGAGAACAAACAUGCAGAAUUCAAGGAAGAAUAGAAGAAAUAUUAAAUAAUUUAACGGGAACAUUUAAUAGGAAAAUAAAGUUUGUUAGAGGCUUUAGAUGUCAAGACGAUGAGAAAGAAACAAUUGCGAUGAAUAUCGAAAAUUUUUUCUUACUGGAAACAAGGAUUCCAAAAGAAGAUGGAAAAAUGAUAUGCCCUUUGCAUUCAGUCACUGAUCGGCAUAUCAUUGAUACCACUAAGUUGACCAAAUAUUGGGAAAUAAAGAAGGAAACGAUUCUUUAAGACGGUAAAUAAAUUUCAGAAUUACGAAUAAUUACUUUUUAAACUGUUUUAUUUGAUCCAAGUGAUUCACGAUCGUUUCAAACUUAGAUGAAUCAAAAUUCUGUAUUCACAGUAAGGUAUUCAAAAACGUUUGUACUUUCAGAUCUUUUGUUGAAAAAAUAUGAGGACAGGGUUAUAAGAACAGUUUCACUAUGUGUCUCUAUAUAUCGACUCAAUGGCACAUUAUUCAUUUUGUAUUUUCCUUAGCAAUCUGGCAAUGUAUAUAUUUCAUAUUAAACUUUCAUGUAAAUUGGUUGAAUCUAAUUUGUCAAGAAUCAUUUGCUAUAAAUUCCCUUACCCGCUGAAUAAUGCAGCCAUUCCUUCCAGCAUAGCAGCAGUUAAUAAUGCUUGUCGACUGGUGAUAUUCCAAAAAAAGAUAUGUUGACUGCGCAGAAUUUUUGAGCGCAAAGUUCACUAUAAUUUGCAUUUAUAUAAACAUUCGGUUUAAUAUAAUAAAUAUUACAUGUACUUUG